CUGCGUGUUUUCGGUCCAAAUCCUUUUCUUCUUCUCCCUCCCUUCAAGAUAGUGGUUUCCACUCCCUGCUCUCGCCAGGACACCGCCUUUUGGACUGGGGCUGAAUUCUGCCCCUUGAAGCUCUGCUCCUUGGAGCUGGGGGCCCCAGCGGUAGGCGGAGUUGAUUGGAGACCUGCCACCCACAUUCCGACCGCAAGCGACCUCCGAGAGGGCGGGGUCUCAGGCUGGGUUAUUUAGCUCGUCCACCCUUCUUCCCCACCAGAAGGAGCGAAACAUCUUUGAGCAAGAUGGGUCUCUACCGCAUCCGCGUGUCCACUGGGGCCUCGCUCUAUGCCGGUUCCAACAACCAGGUGCAGCUGUGGCUGGUCGGCCAGCACGGGGAGGCGGCGCUCGGGACGCGACUGUGGCCCACACGGGGCAAGGGCCCCGGAGCCGGGGACGAGGUCAGGUUCCCUUGUUACCGCUGGGUGGAGGGCGGCGGCGUCCUGAGCCUGCCCGAAGGCACCGGCCGCAUUGUGGGCGACGACCCUCAGGGCCUGUUCCAGAAAUACCGGGAAGAGGAGCUGGAAGAGAGAAGGAAGCUGUACCGGUGGGGAAACUGGAAGGAUGGCUUAAUUCUGAGUGUGGCUGGGGCCAAACUAAGUGAUCUCCCUGUGGAUGAGCGAUUUCUGGAAGACAAGAGAGUUGACUUUGAGGUUUCGCUGGCCAAGGGGCUGGCUGACCUCGCUAUCAAAGACUCUUUAAAUGUUCUGACUUGCUGGAAGGAUCUAGAUGACUUCAACCGGAUUUUCUGGUGUGGCCAGAGCAAGCUGGCUGAGCGCGUGCGGGACUCCUGGAAGGAAGAUGCCUUAUUUGGGUACCAGUUUCUUAAUGGCGCCAACCCCAUGGUGCUGAGGCGCUCCAUUCACCUUCCUGCUCGCCUCGUGUUCCCUCCAGGCAUGGAGGAACUGCAGGCCCAGCUGGAGAAGGAGCUGGAGGGAGGCACACUGUUCGAAGCUGACUUCUCCCUGCUGGAUGGGAUCAAGGCCAACGUCAUUCUCUGUAGCCAGCAGCACCUGGCUGCCCCUCUGGUCAUGCUGAAAUUGCAGCCUGAUGGGAAACUCUUGCCCAUGGUCAUCCAGCUCCAACUGCCCAGCACAGGAUCCCCGCCACCUCCACUUUUCUUGCCCACGGAUCCUCCAAUGGCCUGGCUUCUGGCCAAAUGCUGGGUGCGCAGCUCUGACUUCCAGCUCCAUGAGCUGCAGUCUCAUCUUCUGAGGGGACACUUGAUGGCUGAGGUCAUUGUUGUGGCCACCAUGAGGUGCCUGCCGUCGAUACAUCCUAUCUUCAAGCUUAUAAUUCCCCACCUGCGAUACACCCUGGAAAUUAACGUCCGGGCCAGGACUGGGCUGGUCUCUGACAUGGGAAUUUUCGACCAGAUAACGAGCACUGGUGGGGGAGGCCAUGUGCAGCUGCUCAAGCAAGCUGGAGCCUUUCUAACCUACAGCUCCUUCUGUCCCCCUGACGACUUGGCUGACCGGGGCCUCCUGGGAGUGGAGUCUUCCUUCUAUGCUCAAGAUGCGCUGCGGCUCUGGGAAAUCAUCUAUCGGUAUGUGGAAGGAAUCGUGAGUCUCCACUAUAAGACAGACGUGGCUGUGAAAGAUGACCCAGAGCUGCAGAGCUGGUGUCGAGACAUCACUGAAAUCGGGCUGCAAGGGGCCCAGGACCGAGGGUUUCCUGUCUCUUUACAGUCUCGGGACCAGGUUUGCCGCUUUGUUACCAUGUGUAUCUUCACCUGCACCGGCCAACAUGCCUCUGUGCACCUGGGCCAGCUGGACUGGUACUCUUGGGUCCCUAAUGCACCCUGCACGAUGCGGCUGCCCCCACCAACCACCAAGGACGCAACGCUGGAGACAGUGAUGGCGACACUGCCCAACUUCCAUCAGGCUUCUCUCCAGAUGUCCAUUGUUUGGCAGCUGGGCAGACGCCAGCCCGUUAUGGUGGCUGUGGGUCAGCAUGAGGAGGAGUAUUUUUCGGGCCCCGAGCCUAAGGCUGUGCUGAAGAAGUUCAGGGAGGAGCUGGCUGCCCUGGAUAAGGAAAUCGAGAUCCGGAAUGCAAAGCUGGACAUGCCCUACGAAUACCUGCGGCCCAGCCUGGUGGAAAACAGUGUGGCCAUCUGAGCGUCGCCAGCCUUUGGUUAUUUCAGCCCCCAUCACCCAAGCCACAAGCUGACCCCUUCGUGGUUACAGCCCUGCCCUCCCAAGCCCCACCCUCUUCCCAUGUCCCACCCUCCCUAAAGGGGCACCUUUUCAUGGUCUCUGCACCCAGUGAACACAUUUUACUCUAGAGGCAUCAGCUGGGACCUUACUCCUCUUUCCUUCCUCCCUCUCUUCCUCUUUCUUCAUUCAGAUCUAUACGGCAAAUAGCCACAACUAUAUAAACCAUUUCAAGGCUAGAAUAGGGGGAUAAUACAUAUUACUCCACACCUUUUAUGAAUCAAAUAUGAUUUUU